AGCAAAAUGAAUACUUCUAGUAUAGUUGUCUUUUCUCUGACAGGUUUCAGUGCAAUACUGAACUACAGAGCCAUUCUCUUCUCUCUCACUUUGCUGUGUUAUUUUCUAAUUCUGGUUAUAAACAUGUCUCUUAUUUUAACUAUAAUAUCUGAUCAAAACUUACAUGAACCCAUGUACAUAUUUUUGUGUUCUUUGUGCAUCAAUGGACUUUAUGGUACUGCAGGCUUUUUUCCCAAAUUUGCCUUUGAUUUACUGUCUGAUACUCAGGUAAUCUCAUAUGUGGGAUGCCUUUUGCAAGUUUUUGUUAUAUAUUCAAAUGCAAAAGCCGACUACUCUAUUUUAGUCCUAAUGGCUUAUGACAGAUAUGUGGCCAUAUGUAGGCCACUGGAGUAUCACACUGUAAUGUCUGUGCGAAGGACUGCUGUGUUAGUUACUCUGUCCUGGCUUGUUCCUGUCUGCUGUCAGACUAUUGUUUUGAUCUUAACAUCAACACUGAAGUUAUGUGGCUCCAACAUAAACAAACUUUACUGUGAGAACUGGUCAAUUGUCAAACUAGCUUGUGGUUCAACAAAAGCAAACGAUGUUGUCGGGCUGAUUGGCAUCUCUUUUUAUUGUUGUCAUGCUCUCUGUAUUGCAUGUUCAUAUGUGCAGCUUGUAAAGUCAGCUUUAAAAUCCAGAGAAGGCAGGAGAAAGUUCACACAGACAUGUGUGCCACAUUUAUUUUGUCUCCUUAAUGUCUCAACUGCUUUGCUUUUUGAUGUUAUGUACUCGAGGUAUGGAUCAGCAUCUGUAUCACAGCACUUAAAGAACUUCAUGUCCAUUCAGUUCCUCAUUAUCCCACCUAUUUUAAAUCCUGUUUGUUACGGAUUGAUCCUGACUAAAAUUCGAAAGCGAAUGACAUAUUUGUGGACUAGAAAGAGAGAGCAGGGCAUCAAAAACAUCACUGGCUACAACAGCACCCACACCAGCUCCACCCACUCUAUCCUCCCACACAACCUCAACUGCUUCUUUACCAGGUUUGAUUGUCAGCACAAUCUACAAAACACAUGGGAACAGCAGGGACUCUCACCACUGGUGCAGAGCCCCCAUGAGGUGAGACGGACCCUGCAGCACAUCAACCCCAAAAAGGCUACUGGACCUGACGGAAUAUCAGGACAGGUUCUGAAGCACUUUGCAGUGGCGCUGACAGCAGUGCUCACAUACCUGUUUAACAUCUCCCUGGAGCAGGCUUUGUCCCCAUGUGCCUCAAUGGCCCUGACACUGGUGGUGAUGAAGUGCUUCGAGCGACUCAUCCUGGGACACUUGAAGGACAGCAUCCCCUUCUCCUUAGACCAGCACCAGUUUGCCUACAGGGCAAACUGCUACAGUGUUGACCUUUGA